AUGCAGAGGAACGAGAUAUUGCGGCUCGGACCGGCUGAAGCGAGCCGGGUGAUUUUUGUAUAUAAGCCGAGCUCUGCCCGUCGCAGCCCCACAUCACAAAGCCCACAAGCCUUUCACCUCCCCCCGACUACCCCGCCCCGCAAACCAACCCAAAAUCAUCUGAAUCUCCCAGCCGGCACCAACGCGAAUCACCCAACGACGAGAACGACGCAGAAGCAGCCUGGGAGUCCGAGCAAAGGACCACACGAUCAAGAAGCCGCGCGAGCCAGCACGGACGCGAUGCCGACGCUAAUCCAACUGAUACUGGCCACGAUGGUGGUGGGAGUGACCGGGCUGCGCGUGCCGGAAGACACGCGAGCGGGGAUGGCCGACGGACUGAUAGCCCGGGGGCCCGGGGCAGAAGUGGCGAGCGAGACGGCGACGAUGGCCGGGGUGCGGGGCGGGCUGGAGGGGUAUGUCGGAUGGGGAUACCUCUCCCGGGCGGCGAUCCCGGGGCUUCUCACGGGGCUCGGGCCCCUGCUCAGUCCGGACCCGGACUUCCACCCGGGCGCCACUGGGAACGGCGGGCUGGACGACCUGGCCGGCUGUGUCUCGCAGCUCAUCCGGCUCCAGGGCGCCGCCCCCGCCGGCUCCGGCUGCGUCUCGUCGACCGGCCGAACGCUGUCCGGGAUCCGAGCGUUGGUCAACUUAGCCCUCGAGCAAUAUGUCGGAAUCUUCUCCACUAAGACCGUUGAAGAGAUCCUGGAUCUCGUCGACGCCAGGCUAUCCGGCCUCGUCCCCUCUCAGCACGAGCUGUCGAGGAUCAUCCAUGACGCGUUCCUGUCCGUCGGAGCCUCCUUGACCGGAAACGGGGUGACGGCGAUCGAGAAGUGUGAAGACUGCAUCGCGCGGCAGCUAGCGGGAGAGGACGAGGGGCCAGCAGGAUCCUGUGUUGUGCUCCCGGGGGGCCCGCUGGGGCCGGCGUCGGCGGCUAUCGCCGGGGUGCUGGAGCAGAUGGCGGGCGUUUUGCCGGCGAGUGUGCUGGAGCAGGUCGCCGGCGUGGUCCGCUUCCAUCUGGCCUACCCGCCGCUCGCCGGGCGCUUUAUGGCGAUGGCCAGCCCCAGCCCGAGACUCUCGGCCACCCUCCUCGCCGUCCUCUACUCCGCCGCACUCACCCACUUCCUGCUUCCCCCGCCACAAGACACCCACCCCCACCCCCACGCCCACCCCGCCCUGCCCAGCCUGCCCCUCAGACACUCCUCCCUGGCCACCCUCCUCCCGCACAUCACCGACUCUCUCUCUCUCUCAGUCUCGACGGUGUACAGGUACUUCAGGAUCGGCUUCAAGGCCGACAUCUGCCGCUCGAUCACCUUCGACCUCGUCAACUACCUCGGCCAAUUCGUCCUCUUCCACUUCCUCUGCUCGCCCUCCGCCCCCACCCCCUCCACCCCCGGAGACGCCCAGCAGCAGCUGCUCCUCGACCCUGCUGCCGACGAUGGACCAGAAGAGAGCGGGCGGGCGCGGCGGGACAUGCGGACGCAACGGGCGCGCAUCGAGGAGCGCAAGACCCGCAACAUGCUCCUCAUGAGUCUGCUCACCUGGAUCCUCAUCAGCCUCCUCGACGGCCUCGUCUCCUUCCUCCUCGAACGGUCCCUGAGUGCGCGGAUCGAGACGGACGUGCAAGCCUACCUGUCCAAGCUGCGUCUGGACCAGUACUUCCUGCUCAAGCCAUCAGAGAGUGCGGGGCCGACAGACAUCCUGCGCCAGUUCCCGGCCCACGACCGGCCGAUGAUCGACCACCAACUCCUCGCCCCCGCCGUCACCUUGCCCUACUUCUUCAGCAGCGCCGCACUCAUCUCCCUGCCCUCAGACUUCAUCCUCCUCGACCGUCUCCCCAUGCUCUCCCUCCACACUAAAUCCCUCUGGCUCGCCGGCCUCGUCGCCCGCAGACUGCUCUACUCGCUCAUCGCUUGGUUCCUCAAAAAUUAA